AUGGAGAAGAUGGAACAGAUGGAUCGGGUGGAUCGGCUGGAGCAGCUGGAGCAGCUUGAGAAAAUUCACAAGACGGAUAACUUUGAUGGAGACGCUCCUAAAAAUGUGUAUGAGGGAGGGACGUACACGCGUCACAUGGAUAAGUUCGAAACCCUUAGGGGAUUUUCGAACCUUCCAAUAGGACAGGAAGUGCUGAUAGGGAAGUUACUAAACGAAGAGAGGUACCGACAGGACAGGAGAAGGAAGAAGAAGAAAGAAGGAGACAUAGAAGAAGGAGAGAUAAAAAAAGGACAAAACGUGGAGGAACAGUUAUAUUAUUACCUCAAUGAGAAGUAUGAGUUCUUCAUUGGGUACGACAAUUUUAUGAACACGUUGUUUAAGAAGAAGAAGGUUUUGAGAGUGAUUCAUGGGAGAGACCACAGGAGCAAGAGAAAGGAGGAGCAACCCCGUCGCGGGGGUGGACGGCACAGCGGAGUAGAGCCAAGUAGUGAGAACGCGAGUAAAGUGAAGUGUCGCGAGGGGUUCGAUUCGAGUGGGCGCGACAGACGAACUGGCCACAGACGGGUUUCCCACCCACAUGGCGCACAUGUCAAGGAUGAGGACGAAGACAUCCCCCUGCAGCGCGACCAAAGGGGGAAGAAUGUCUGCACCAAGGGGAAGAAGAACAUGUCGGAGUCGCGGCACAAGGGAGGAGAUUCCAAAGCGUUUAAGAGUGUUUCCUCCCCGCAGAGAUGCACCUGCGACUGCCACCGGUGUCGCUCUCCGUUAGGGGCAAUCGAUCCGGAUGAAGGCCAAGACAGCGUAUCGGAAGAUCGCGUAUGUGACAAGCGGGGUGGCCUCAUAACGAACGGGAAAAGUAGCCGCCUAAUUGACCAAUCGAUUUACUCAUCUGCAUCCCCCCCCCACUGCUCCGAUGCCAGUGACAUCUCCAACCUCUCUCCAGACGCAUUCUGCUUUGAAAAACAAUUUAAGUACAUAUAUGACCUGUACAAGCAGAAUGACAAAAAUGUAUAUUUAUUUUAUAACCCUCCGAUGUGUAAGUGCGUCAAUAAACCUUUUAAGGAGAGGUACUAUCGGAGUCUGUGUCGGAAGUACCCCUGCCUCUUCAAUUGCACGUUCGAAGAUGAGGAGGGUGAGGGGAGGCAAAACAAAGGGGAAGCAACCAACAGGGAGGAAGCACCCAACGGGGGGGAAGCACCCAACGGGGGGGAAGUACCCAAUAGAGAGGACAAACUCCAAGGGGGAGGGGAGGAACCAAUUGAUGCCAAGAGACUGACCUACGCCGAGGUAGCGUCCGACGCUGUGGAAAUGAAGCUCUACGCUAAGGCGUUUUUUGAGUUGUGCCUUAUGCAGGGGGCCAGAGGGGUGCCAAGCGGUGCGAAGGGGGCAUCGGGUGGAAGUGCAAAGGAGGAAUUGACCAACGCGGUGAAGCAGACAUCGGGUGGCGAUGCAAAGGAGGAAUCGAAUGACGGGACUAAGCAGACAUCCAGUGACGCCCCACAACUGGGGUCUUCCCUCCUUGGCGAACAAGAAGAAGACAUGCUUAAAAGAUUCUUCAAUAAAUGUCUGCGAAGAAUCAUGAGGAGGAAAUCUCCCACGUGCGAAAACACCUCAUGCUGCGGGCUUCUAUAUGUCCCUUACAGUUACAUUGUCGUUCUAUUGAAUAGGAAGGUGGAAAAUUUGACCUACAUUUGUACCAACUUAACACUCCCCUGCAGCACCGACAUGUAUUACAACAAUAAGAAGAACAUCGUCACAAUCUGCACGAAAGAUUCCGUGCAUGAGUUCUUCUGUUAUUACUCUCUGAGGGAAAAUCGAUACAUAAAAAAUAUUCUCAUAUAUGAUGUCUUCUUCGAUGGGUUUGUUCCUUUCUUUAAGCCGCUGCUCAAUUUGAAAGUGAAAAAGAACUUAGACAAGGUGAUGAAUUACGUGAGCUACAACAAGGGGUGUAACUUGUCCCUCGUGUUUUUCUGGAGCGGGGGAAGUUGCGUGGAGAGCGGAAUCAGCAGCGGGAGCAGUGACGAGGGCGAAGCGGAUGAGACGAAUAGGAGAAGCCAAGCAAGAAACAUGACGCACCUGCGUGUGUGCAAAAUAAUAAACAUAAAUCAUCCAAAUGAAUACAAGGGGAUGAGAAGGGGACAUCCAAAGAACGAUUCCGCAGAGGGGACUGGCAGAAGAGAAAGGAAGGAAAGAAUCAAUCCAGACCAGCAGUACUUCGCCAACCUCUGCAAUGGAGGUGAAGUCAUUAAUAAUAUGAAUAUCAACAUAGUCGUCGAAAAAAUCGUUAAUAUUGCAAAUCGGAAAGAGAGUAGUCUCUGUCAGGAGAAUUGUGUUUUCAACAGGGAAAAAAAAACGCAUGGAAAGAAGAGAACACUUCAGAUUUAUCUGUGUGAAUCGAUUAACUCUUUCGCGUUCGAUCGAAGACCUCUUUAUAUCAAACGCAGGGAGGUAACUCUCUCCUCUUUUGUGCACUUUCAGAAUGUUAUUAACGCGUACUUAGGCCCUAGUACGCACAGCCUGGAUGUCCUAAUUGGGCGGCGUAUGGAGGAGGAAGUCUUUAACAUGGCCCUGCGGAAGAGGAGCCUCCUCUCCAGUUGCUGUGUAGAAGCGGAAAACGGAGCGGAAAACGGAGCGGAAAACGAAGCGGAAAACGAAGCGGAAAACGAAGCGGCAAACGAAGCGGCCAGGACGAAUAGAACGAUGGGAGACGGCGGAGCAAGGAAUGUGGGUCCCGCUAACCCCUCCGACACAGACCACCUAUUCAAUGAAACGCUCUUCUUCUUCAAUGACAACUCCGAUUUAUACACUUAUGAGGAGUACAAAAAGGGGAAGCUUCAGAGUGUGGGCAGAGGAGGCGACCAAGACAACAAAGCCACUUCGGAGAAGGAGCACACCACAGCCACGAGAAUGUGGAUGGCGAGAAGCGCAGCAUAUGCACAAAGGGGAAACCUAUGGGACUCCCUAUGUACACAAUACGCACAGAAUCUCUUCAAUAUUUACGUUUGCUCAUUCCUCACAAAACGGAACAGCUACAAAAGGGUUUCUUCCUCCCUCGGGAAAGGAAAAAAAAAAAAAAAAGCAAAUAAAGUAGAUAAAGAAGAUAGAGGAGAUAAAAUGUCCUACCAGGAAAGGAUUACCUUCAUUAAAGAAUGCUACUUCCACCUGUUUCGCAUAUACAAAGAGAAAUUCCGUGUGUCCCUGAAGAAGGAAGAAGAGGACAUCCUGCACAAGAAUAACUGGGCCACCGAGGAUUUGCUCAUCUCACGCGGGGGGAAGGAUACCAAAGUGGCCAAGAGAAGAAGAGGAGAUUAG